GGUAGGGCUGCAGCCAUUGCGGCCCUGCCGGUUGAGGGGACGGGCCGUUGCUACUGUCGUGAUGGUGUCCUGGAUGAUCUCCCGAGCAGUCGUGCUGGUGUUUGGGAUGCUGUAUCCCGCAUAUUACUCAUACAAAGCUGUGAAGACAAAAAAUGUGAAGGAAUAUGUUCGCUGGAUGAUGUACUGGAUUGUGUUUGCUCUUUAUACAGUUACUGAAACGAUAACUGACCUAACAGUCUCUUGGUUUCCACUGUACUAUGAAUUGAAGAUAGCUUUUGUUAUCUGGCUCCUUUCCCCAUAUACUAGAGGGGCAAGUUUAAUCUACAGAAAAUUCCUCCACCCACUGCUUUCUUCUAAAGAAAGGGAGAUUGAUGAGUACAUUGUCCAAGCCAAAGAAAGAGGCUAUGAGACCAUGGUGAAUUUUGGAAGGCAGGGGUUGAAUUUGGCAGCAACUGCUGCAGUGACAGCAGCUGUAAAGAGCCAAGGUGCAAUAACUGAGAAACUGAGAAGUUUCAGUAUGCAUGAUUUGACUACUAUACAAGGAGAUGAGUCUGUUGGACAGAGACCUUAUCAGACAUUGCCAGAAGCUAAAAAGAAAACCAGAGCCUCUGCAAGUGAAUCUUCAGGUUACAAAACCUCCCUGGAAAAAAAUCCUGGAGAUGAUAAAACAGAUGAAGAGAUGGAGGGGACACAUUCAGAGGAUGAAAUGUUUGCUCAGAGAGGCCUUCGCAGAACUCAGAGUAUGAAAUCUGUGAAAACUAUUAAAGGCCGUAAAGAGAUACGAUAUGGAUCACUAAAAUACAGAGUGAAGAAGAGACCUGUUGUAUACUUUUAAGUGUACUGCACAGUUCCUGCAAGAGAAACUGCUGUACUAUAGUAACUUGAAUUCAAGUGUUAAAGAUCUGUGUACAAUGCCUAGAAUGAGUCUGUAUGAACAGAUACGGUAGGACUUGGUUUUGUGAGCCCAAGUGAUCAGAUAAACUAUUACUCUGUUUUUCUAUAAUUGUGUCAUGUUUAGAUUUAAAUCUGGACAAGUUACAGUAUGGAUUUCAGCACUCCUUAAAUAGGAGUUAAAUAAGUAAUAGGAAAUACUCCUUUGCCAGAGGUAUUGAACAGAUUGAAAUAAUUGCAAAUCAAAUUGAAGUAAGAGAAGCUGUAAGUAUGUAGAGCUUGUGAAAACUGAACCAUAGUGUCCCCAAGUUUACACUGAAAGAUAAAUAUACUUGAAAUAUUUUUCUGAACUACAAUUCCUGAAAAGGCCUUUGUGUAAUUUUUAAAUGUACAGUUUAAAGGACAGUGGGUGAUGGUGGGAAAGGAAAAGGAAAGGUGAGGUAGGUAGGAUACAUCCUUAACUUCAUCAUUUUGUGUCAUAUUGCCAAGCUUAGCAAACUGGGGUACAUACAGCACUUUAUGCAAAACUGUAUAGUUUUGCACACUCUUAAUGAUUUACAACUGCACGUCAUUUUAGUGACUUGCUACAUAGGCUAGAGUUACAUUUUGAAUGCCAGCAAUUCUUGUAUUUCAUGAUAUUUUUAAAAUUCAUCUUGAUUCCUUAAGUACACUUAGGAUGCUGUAGAUAUCUGCUACUAAUGAUAUUAUCAGGUGCCUUUCUAUGUAUUACUGGGCUGUGUAGGUUUUGUCUGUGUGGUUUUGGGGCUUUUUUUUUGUUUGUGGGUUGUUUUGUUUAUGUCUGUCUUCCUCCAUCUAAAGAGAUAUAACAUGAUUCAAGUCAGUUUUUGGUUAAAAUUGUGGUAAGUAAAACUUGUAGCAAUUCCAGUGAUGCACCUCAGGGAUCUUAUCAGCCCAUGAGCUGUGUGUUCAAGUCAUGCUGCCAUAAAGUCAUAUAUGAUAGGUUAGUCAGGCCCUGGUUUAGUUUUGCUCUACAUUGCUUUAAGAAAAAAUAUAUUAAUAUAUAUAUGUACUUUAGAACAUGUAUGAGUGUAUAUUUCAUACUAUAUGUGGAUUCUAAGAUGGUCUGUGUAGUACUUUUUUUUAUUGCUAAAGUUAUUACUAAAAUAUUUGCAUAUAAAUAGCUCCUUCUAAAGGUCUAGUUGAUUUAGUCAGUCAUUUUAUAACCUGGAAUCCCAUGGCAUAUCUACACAGAGAUUAAUUUUGAAAUGUCUUUCAAUGCAGUGAUUUGUCAAAAUUACUUUUUUAGGUCACCUUUGAUACUGUUUUCUGCAGUUCUGAGAAUUAGACUGAUUCUAAUUUUCUGUGUGGCUAUAUUUCUACUGUGGCUUUAGGGAGAAACAACCCACUUCUUGCAGAUAGUACUUUAUUAUGUAUCUUUGGGACAGACCUUGUUACUUGCCUCAAAGAGAACGUAGCAUGGAUUCCUCAUAUCCUUGGAUCUCUGACUUCAAUCCUCAGACCUUCCCCCAGGUAUUGACAAUCAUCUGCUGUUAGUGUUGUUCCUCUCUAGCUGUAGGAAAUGUCUGCAAGCCAUGUGCAAAGCUGUGCUCAAAUGCAACAGCACUUAGAGCAUCUCUGAGGAACCUCGGUGCUUUAGUGAGAAGUCCCAGCAGGCCAUGUGUGAUUAAAAGGAUCAAGUUUGUAAUACUUAACUCAGAAACACAGUUUGAUACCAGAAGACAGGAAGGCUGCUGUCUCCCAAAUGAGUACAGUGCAAAACUCCCAUUCUCUAAACAGAACUGUACCUAGUUACCCAGCUUUUCUAAGGAGCUGUAGGCAAGGAGUGAUCAAAAAAACAACCUCCCUGGGAGUGUGGGCCGUCUGCCCCAGGAGUGUUUGUGCUUCUCAUCUGUUUCCCUGAGGCUUGUCUGUAUGUUAAGGUACAUAAGACAUUAAGGAACCUAGAGCUCUUGUAUUUGCAUCUCACCAGUCUCUGAAUAGUAGACUAACCAGGGCCUGAGAUGGACACUCUUACUGUAUAGUUGAGCAUUUGCUGACACAUUUUUCUGUAACUAAUCAUGCUUGUUUUACCAGCAAGCAUGGCAAAAAAAGAUCCUCUUUCUACAAGUCAUAAUCCUGCAUGAAGGAGUAGGGUAAACCAUUUUUUCAGAAUUACAGUUCCUGUUACAAGUUUGUGUAGAUCCUGCUUUGGGAGUUGUGUUUUUACCCCAUCUCUAGGACUAGAGAUCAUUGAAGUAUUUUAGGCUCUACCACACUCUUGUCAGGAAGUUGCUCUAUGUGUCUAUGUACCUGAGGCUGUAACUUCUGGCACACUUAACUUGCCAGCUCAGUAGUGAUAAAGACUAAAUAAAUACUCCUCUUUCAGGAACUUGCAUGGAAUUAGGAAAGCUGGCAGUGUUAUUAAUAUUCAUUACUGUUUGCAUAAAAAUGUACUUCUGUUCUUUCAGAUCUUACAUGAUCAAAUCUUCAGUGUUUUCCUAGCUGUUGUCUUCAUUCUAAUAGCCAACUAUAAAAAUAUUUUCUUUUCAUAUCUCAGACUGAUUUUGAUCUUUGAAUUCAUCCUCAAACUUGUUCACUGGAUUAUCUUAAUUUUUUUCUUCUUACUGUUCAUUGUUAGCUGAUGCUAACAAUGCACACAAUGGCAUGAUUAGCUUUCAUCCCAGUGAUAUAUAGUUCUCCUUACUGAAUUUAGUUUAGUUUGGUUUUGAAAUAUUACAAUCUUUUAACUUUAGUUACAGGAAAUUUUCAAACUUUUCUUGCCUUAGCAACUGCAGAAGUCAUCUGUCUAGCUCUUGCAGGAAACUUCUUGAAAAAAAUGUUAAAAAUUGAUGUUUAAUAUUCAUUGUGGAUUUGGAAUGUAAAAUGUAGUUCAUGUCAAAUUAUCUAAUCUUCUGAAAAAAGUGUUUCCUGAGAACUGACUGACUGCCACCAACAGGACCGCUGGUGUAGUUAAACAAAGACUUGGGGUUUGAAAGUGUUUUAAAGGAGAAUAUGUAUUUCCAUUUAAAUCAUAUAAAGGUUUGAAGCCUUUCCAAAAUAUAUCUGAACUGACAGCUUUCUUAGCAAGAGCCUACUGUACUUCUAAAAUACCCAGUCUGAGAUGAGGAUUAAAUUGGUGGCCUGAGCUGCAAAUAAGCUUUGAAUAAGACUUUGAUUACAAUGUAAUUGCCAAUAUUGCUAAUUCCUUUGGUAUGUGAAACUAACCAAAUAAUAUCCAACAUACAUUUUGCAAAAUAUAAUGAAUUUUAAAAUAGAAGAUAACUUAGUAAAAGAGAAUGGUGGAGAAAGUUAUGGACGCAUUCAAUGUACUGUUCAUGACAAAAAUGUGUUUUACUUUUGGUGUUGCUUUUAUUAAUGGGAAGUUGGUAUUUUAAGGUAUUUUUUCUACAAAAAUGUAUGUGCAAAGGCAAUACUUUAACAUUUUUCAAGAACUUAUACUGUUAAAUGCUACAAACCACAGAAUAUACAUUUGGACUGAAGGCAGUAGCUUUAAAAAAAAUGCAAUAUAAGCUUUAAUUUUUAUAUUAUAGUAAUAACUUGCUGUCAACUUGUUUACAUAUUUGUAGGAUGGAAACUUCAUUAUGCAUUGACUUAUCUUGAUGCUGUCUUUAAUAAAUACUGCUUUGAGCAA